AUGUAUGCUGGGGAGAGGUUUAAAUGUGCGAAGUUUAUCAAUAGCCUUCAACCAGAAGUGAAGAUGAUGGUGAACUACCAUGGCAUCCAUAACUUUGCACAAUUGACCAACAUGCGUAGGAUCUUUCACGAGGAUCAGCGAGAGAAGGUCGCAUUCUACAGGAAUGCCAAUGCCAGUCAUGGGAAAAAGAAGAAGCAUGUGACUCACAGUUGUGCUAAGUUGUAUUCUUCCCUUCUUGGGCAAUAUGGUGUGAAUCCUGCUGGUAGGGAUGGUGGUGGUGCUUCUGUUGCACUUGCUAUGCCAUCCUGGCAUGCUAAGUGUGGUAAGAUGAGUCAUUUUGCUCAUGAGUGCCCAGAUAAUGAUGUGACUUGUUUCAACUAUCGAGCUGUGACACAUUCAUUUAUUUCUCGUGUUUGUGUUGAAAAGCUUGCUUUUCCUGUGUCUUCUUUGAAAUUUAACUUAAUUAUGGAUACACCUGCUAGUGGGCCUGUUUUAACUUCUGAUAUUGAUGUUAUUCUUGGUAUGGACUGGUUAUCUUCCAACCACGUCUUAUUGAACUAUUGUGAGAAAUCGGUUGUCUUUCUUGAGUUUGGUGUGAGUGAAGGUGAUAUGUUUUUGUCUGCUAACCUGGUUGAAGCAUCUUUGAGAGAGGAUGCACAGGUAUACAUGAUCUUAGCGAGUAUGAGUGUUGAGACCAAAACCCCUAUGAGUGAUAUAACAUUGGUGAGGGAGUUUUCGAAGGUGUUUGAGGAGAUGUCUGGAUUACCACCUGAGAGAGAGGUUGAGUUCUCCAUAGACCUAGUGCCUGGUACUGGACCUAUAUCCAUAGCACCUUAUAGGAUGUCCCCUGUAGAGUUGAGCGAGCUUAAGAAACAGUUUGUGAGGCCUAACGUGUCACCUUAG